AUGAUGAGAGUGGCAAAUACGAUCAAGAGAGUGAAUGACACAUCUUUCAAUCAAAGUUUCUUCCUGCGUUCAUCUUCCCAACCAGGCAGUCCAAUCAUAAGACAUUUUGGUGAGAUAGGGUCUAACGCUAUGCCUCCGAUGGUUCACCAUAGAAAAACAUACCAGAAUCAAUUCGGACUGAACAAAAUUGUCUUGAAUCAAGUCUGUCUACCACUCCAUAAUGAGACAUCGCCGAUAUGUCACCAAGUGGAAACCAGCUCAGAUGUCGGUAUUCCUGUGCGCGCAAAACGACAGUUUGUACCAAGCAACAAAAAGGACGGUUCUUACUGGCUAAAACGAUGUAAGAAUAAUGAUUCUGCCAGAAGAUCUAGAUUCAAACGGAAAUGCAUGGACAAAAUCCUAGAGAAAAAGCUAGCUGUUUUACAGAGCGAAAAUUGCAGGUUAAAACUUCACCUCAAGAUGUAUAAACAAAACUCGGAAAAACAUUCAUUGACUAGCACAGACCAAACGGUCAGUACUAGAAAUGCGUUCGACGCAUACUCGUGUUUCCAAAACGGAGAUAGCUUUCCGAACAGAUCUUAUCCGGAGGCGACCAAUAUGACAAUGUUGAGUCAUUCUAGUGAGGACGAAAACGACUCGUCACAGAGCCCAUUUACCUACGAUUAUGGCAAAUAUCCGAAUUUGUCAGGUUCACCAUUGUAUACAUCUGACCAGGAAGUGUGGAGAUCGACAGGUUCCAAUCAGUUUAAUGAUGGAAGAAAUAUUUCGGACUACAAUGCGUUGGACUCUGACCGUAACCAAGAUGAUUUGAUGUCGACAGAAAACCCAGACGAGAAAAUUUCGAGUCUGCACUCUAUCAGAAAUGUUCAAAGAGUUCCUCAUAAGUUGCGUUUAAAAAAGAACAUGUGUUCCAUUUUUGAUCGAUGUUAUGUAUCAGAUAAGAAAGUUUCAAGUGAAGAUUAG